UACUGUACUGGGGAUAUGCGUAUCCUGUUUUCUGUGUUGCAGGAGGUAGAAAAGAAGACUGGUCGCAACAUUGUUAGCAACACUAGGAAAGCACGCCGCCUGCUCACCAUGUGCGAGCGACUGAAACAGGACCUAUCCGCAAUGAUGAGGGCUGAAAUUGACAUGCUGCCUUUGAUCGGCGAGGAUCUUUCUAUAACACUCACGAGAGCAAAGCUCGAAGACCUUUUGAAAGACCUUCUCACUCGAACGAGGGACAUUAUCAAGGACGUUCUCAACUCUAUCGAGAUGAAGGCCGAUGUCAUUGACGAAGUCGUGCUGGUUGGAGGCUCAACAAGAAUGCCGGCUGUGCACCGCUUGCUCGCGGAGCUGUUCCCGGGCAAGAACAUCAACAAGAGCCUGAACCCGGACGAGGCUGUGGCGUACGGUGCAGCGGCGCUGGCGGCCCGCCUGACGGGCGACAGGACGUCUUACCUGGCCGGCAUCUUGGUCAACGAUGUCACCCCGAUUAGCUUCGGGCUCGGCGAAGAAGAUGGCGGCGUCAGCAUUCUGAUUCCCCGGAACACUCCUAUUCCUUACUCGUGUGAAAAGUUCUAUGUUACCGUUUACGAUAACCAGGACUCUCUUUCACUCAAGGUUUGUGUGUGUCAGUCCUUUUCAGCUUUUACAAGGGAAAAGGGAGGCAGGGGGGCACUGAUCAGGUGCUAUUUUACUCUUUUUUACGUUUUGCACUGUUUCAUUUUUUUACCGAUGUACAAGGAAAAAAAGACUAUGUUGAAGGGACCAGUUUUAUUUGGUAGGCUAAAUUCUAAAGCUGGAAUCGAAAAUCCGAUACCCACAACCAGGAGUUGGCUGUCACGAUUGGACACUU